AUGUACCCUACGAGAGGACAAGUUUUGGUCAUCAAAGCUCCUCAUAUCACUGAGAAUGUGAUGCGUUGGGGAGACGAUUAUGCAACGUAUAUCAUCAAACGUCCUCAUUCAAACGACCAGUUGAUUUUGGGCGGGUUCAUGCAGAAGGAUGACUGGCGUGCUGACACGUUCAGCGACCAGACGAGGGACAUUUUGUCUAGAACGACCGCAUUGCUUCCAGACAUCCUUUUGAAUAAUCCUGGCGGCGCCAAAAUUGAAGACUUGGAGAUUGUGAGAUCUGCAGCUGGACUCAGACCAAGUCGCCAUGGUGGUGUAAGGAUCGAACGCGAAAGCAUCGACGAGGGCAAAGUCGUAGUCCACAACUAUGGCGCCAGUGGAUAUGGAUACCAGGCUGGCUUGGGCAUGGCCGAGAAGAGUGUGCAAUUGGCCAUGGAAGGCCGGGCCUCCAAAUUGUGA